UUUGUCUCUAUGGCCGAACAGACACGGGGUCGCGUUGUCAUAAAAAAAAGCUUGUCUAUAAACCCUGAAAGCAACAGCCAAUGAAUGAGCUUCCAGGGAGCCCACGUGAUCCCCUCCGUUGCUCCACUCGCGUCAUCUUGAGCUCUGGCAAGCCUCAGCUCCUCCCACUUGAAGCUUUCCAAUCCACGCCUCCCUCAUGCUGCGAGGGGCGCUCGCUGCCUUGGUUCUGGGCUGGGCAGCCGCCUGGCUUUUGGGUCGCGGGUUCGAUCCCCGCUCGUGGCUGUGGCCGAACCGUGAUGCUGAGCUGGUCCUGAGCGCCGACGAUCUGAGCCGCUACACCGGGACGGAGGAGAGCGCUGGGCUUUACCUGGCUGUGCUGGGGCAGGUCUUUGAUGUGCAACGAGGGCGCAAGCAUUAUGGGCCAGGGGGCGCUUACAGCUUCUUUUCAGGAAAGGAUGCCUCUAGAGCUUUUGCAUCAGGCGACUUCACCCCAGCAGGACUGGUGGAUGACAUUUCGGGACUAUCGCCGUUACAAAUGCUGGCCAUCCAUAACUGGCUCUCCUUCUACAGCAAGAAUUAUGUGCUUAUUGGGAAAGUGGCUGGGAGGUUCUAUGAUGAGGAUGGAUCACCCACUAAGGCUCUAGCGCAGGCGCAAGCUCUCAUUGAGGAAGGGCAGCGGCUACAGACCCAGGAGAAUGAGAGAAAAAAGCGGUUUCCGCCGUGCAAUUCGGAAUGGAGCUCGACCGGGGGAAGUCGGGUCUGGUGUUCAAAGCAGAGCGGUGGAGUUGACAGAGACUGGAUCGGAGUCCCGAGGAAGCUGUACGAGCCCGGCUCCAGCCACAGCCAGUGCGUCUGCGUGAAUACAGAGGGGUUGCCUUCUGAGCAGUCACAGUCCACCCAGAUGAGUGACAGAGGUGACCUGGACAACCCUAACCUGCGGGAAUAUGAAGGGUGUCACCCGCUGGCUGACUGGUGUGCUCUAAAAGACUGAGCCAUCUCUAUCUCCUCCCUCUUUCUCUCUCUCUCACACACACAUACCUUACUUGUGGUUGGGCACGGUGUUUGCAAAUUAUCAGCAAAACAGAAUUCAGUAUCGUACUCCGAAAUGGCUUUGUAAACUGUGGUUUGGUGAAACUGUGGCUAUUGCUGUGUCUGCUGAAACUGUCUGCUGAACUGCAGGAAAGCAGCUCUAAACCAGUGUCUUCUUGGUGAGACAAUGAAGUCGUGGUGCAGGUUCUAACUCCACACAGAUAUUUCCCCCUUCUUUCCCCCACCCCCAACCUCUUUAGCAAAAUUUAACUGCUCAUCUCUAAUUAUCUGAACCACUAGCGAGCAGAUAGAGCUUUCGAUAAGCCCACUCUUUCCUUGCAGGGGAGCAUAAUUCGUACAUCACGAUAAACUAUGGUUUGUGUUAACCAUAGUUUAGAACCUGACGCUCAAGGAUCAUUUGCUGCCCUGUGCCAUGUUGGAGGGCAGUGCAGAUCAAUCACUUUAACCCCACACAAAAAGAAGCAAUUAUAAGGUGGCAUCAUCUUGCGAUCCUCAGCACUAUUAAAUCCUCCCACCGGGUGGCAUUUCUGCAACUAAUGAACACAUGCACACCAUCAAAUUCAAUUAGGUUUCUUUAUUACAAGAAAUUACACAGGCAUAUAAAUAUUGAAAAAAUACAUUGCUUUACAAAGACUUGAGGAAAUGCUGCAAAGUAAUAAUAAAAACCAGUGAUUUCCCAAAGACUCAGAUCCUUUCUUAGCCAGCCCACACAGGCCCAUUACCUUCAACUAUUAUCUUCACAUGCAAAAAGUGUUGGUUUACUGCAGUAACUCCAGGCAGCUUCCAGGAGGGACAAAGAGAUUAUAGAAGUGUCCAUUCUAGAGUUGAGUGCUCUCUGUUCUUACCGUAGGACAGCAGCUGCAGUGGUCAGCUAACCUGCGGUGGGGGUGCUGUACCACUUCAGUCAGAUUUGGGCUUGUAUGAUAUGACUGCUGACCUAUAUACGAAAGAAAAAUAAAUCCCUGCACAGAGCAAGUUGGGAAUAAGGCUAGACUACAAUUAACCUCCCUGCCUUGCUAGGGCACUUUGUUUUGUAUAUGAAGGAGCAUUCCCUUGCCUGCUCUCUGAAGUGAGUUCAGCAGACUGGUGGAAAACCUCAGCUGCUGUUUGCAUGGCGGUCAGAGGAAGAUUCCUCAACAUUCAGUUCGAAAUGCAUGCCCAUUGUACAGGCAACACUAUUGCAUUCCGUUACCCCUUUUUCCAAGACAAAAACUAGCCCUUGAUUAAUAUCCUGCUAAAUAAAGCAACUUGCUAGACAACAAAAAUGUUAAAUUAGACCAAAUCUCUACUCCCAAGAUAGGUUUUAGAGAAGUCGUGUUUUGGAUGGGUGGGUAUCCUGAGCAGCAGCCCCUUGGAUUUUCUGCCUUCUAAAAAAGAAAAUAAGGUGUGAGUUGGCCUGCACAGGUGAUCCCUGCUGGUUAAGGGUCAAGAGGCCAGCCUCAUGACUGAGCACAGCUGGGUUUGCCAGACAAGCACAUUUCAAUGGAAUGUGGCAACUCAUGUCGAUACAGGCAUCAUCUAAGGCCCCAUGAGCCUGGGAGCGAAGUGAACUUCCUGUUGUUGCUCAAUUUCCUUGUGCAAAAAACCCGGGAGGAGAGAGAGUGCAUUUGGCUUAGUGGAUGAUGAGCUUUGCAGGAUGAAAACAGAGGAGUUCACAGAGACCUUUUAGAAGAAUGGAAGUCUGUUGCCCAAAACUUGGGCCUCUUCCCCACCUCCCAAUCCCCAAUAGAAAGCCAGGGAGCACAGCAGCCAAGGGACUUUGACAGAAUAUCAUCUUGUGUGGGUGACAUCUCACGAGUCAUCUUUCAGCAACGUUAGUUGUGUUACUUUAC